UGAUAAAAAUAAGAGGAAGAACAAUUGAUAAAAAAAAAUUGUGCGGCCGCCGCAAAAAAGUCUUUGAAUAGAACUGUAGAAAAAGUUAUGUUUAUUUAAGCCUUACCUUACAAAAUAACUAGUUUGUAAAACAACUCACAAAAUGGACGUACAACCGCCAAGAGAUGCAAGUUUACGCAAUAUAAUAGAUAAAUUGGCUGAAUUUGUGGCACGCAAUGGACCCGAAUUUGAAGCGAUCACCAAGCAAAAGCAGCAAAACAAUCCAAAGUUCGAGUUCCUCUAUGGCGGCGAAUUUGCCAACUAUUAUCAAUAUCGUGUGGCAGCCGAGCAACAAAUGCUGAAACAGCAAGGAGCAGGCAUGCCAAGUGGUCCGCUUUAUAUGCAACAGCCACCGCCAAAUCACGUUCACUAUGCGCCGCAGCAGCAGCAACAACAACAACAACAGCAGCAACCACAACAACAGUCGUCCGAUGGCGCAAUGCAACAAUCUCAGCAUUUGUGGCCACCAAAUGCCAAUGCCACAAACCCUUCCAACCCUCAAGUGACAGCCGCAGCAGCUAACGGAACAGCGUUGACAUUGAAUUUAACCACUCAAUUGGAGGCCAUUAAAAUGCAACAGAAUACGCUAAGGGAACAAAUCAAGCAAUCGGAUGCGAAUCUUUCUGCACAACAUACGGCGCUGAUGACGCAAAAGACAAAGCAAAUCGACGAUGCGAUGGCGACGGCGCAGACAACGCAACUGGAGCAAUUGGCCAACGAGCAGGGUAUCGUGUUGAGGGAAUUUGAUUCAGUGCUUCAGCCGAUUAUCGAGUCCUGCACCAAGGAUAGCAUCUCAGCAGGCAAGAACUGGAUUUUACAGCAUUCAACCGACAGCGCAAAAAUCAAUGUCGUUUUACAAUAUCUUUUAAAGAAGGCUUUGGUCAAUGGUUCAACGUUUCAGCAAAAAUUGCAUCUUAUAUAUUUAGUUAAUGAUAUACUCCAUCAUUGUAUGCGUAAAAAUAUCAGCGAUUUGAAGAACAAUCUCGAGAACGUCGUUAUACCGAUGUUCUGCAGCGCCGAUUUGAUUGCCAGCAGUGAUCAACGCACAAAGCUGUCGAAGUUGCUCUCACUGUGGGAGUCCAAGGCCAAGUUCUUUGAUGCGUGUGUCAUCUCGAAACUGCAAUCGCCGGACUCCUCAAUGCAAGAGUACAAAACGAAUGUGCAGAACACGCAUCAUGACAUUGUGGCCAAGUACUCACAGAGCACCAAAGCCACGUUAGACAACUAUCAGAAACAGCAUCAGAUCUUUAUGCAACAUGCGACGCAACAAAUCGCGCAGUUAGAGCAGCAAAAGUUGCAGCUGGAGAAGCAGUUGCUGGUCGCCCAAAAGCCGCCACCACAGCAACAACAACAACAGCAGCAGCAGGUGCCGCCUGGAACACCGCAAAAUAAAUCAAUACCAGCUCUGAUGUCACAGCGUAUUGCAAUGCCAGGUGCGGAUCAGGAGCACAUGAACACGCCGCCACCGCCGCCAAAUCAUGAUCUGUCGCAGCCGCCGGUUAACAACAUGUAUGCGGGCUACCAACAGCAACAACAACAACAGCAGCCGCCGCCGCAAUUGCCGCCGCAGCCUGGCAAUCAUUUUGUGGAUGCACGCGGACCGAACUUCUUCAUUCCGGACAUGUCCAAGCCGCCGCCAGGAUUUGGAGCGCCACCCUUGCAUGGCCAAGGGCCGCCUCAGCAGCAACAACAGCCACCGCCGCCAACGCAAUAUCCGCCGAUGCCUGGUCAAGUGCCUGGGGGCGAGCCAAUUGUGGAUAUGGGCGUGUUGAAUGCUGCUAUACAGGCUGUGAUGCAUCUGCAGCACCAACAACAACAGCAGCAACAUCAGCAGCAGCAGAGGCAUCCCGAUGAACAACCACCAAUGCCACAACAACAACAACACCAGUCGCAACAAAUGCAACAUCCACAGCAGGCGCAACAACCGCCACCGCCAUUUGCUCAACUACCGCUCGGUAGCUUGGGGCAACCAGUUGAUGGUGGCGUCGAUAUUGGUGCACUGAAUGCGGCCAUUAAUGUGGUGUUGCAGCAGCGACCCGAUGAGCAGCAGCAGGACCUUGAUGACCUAAAGCAUCGCAGCUUGGAGUCCGUUGAGCCUGCCAUGGCGCCGUCUCAGGAACCGCAAGUGCCGACCGCACCGUAUUAUGAUCUGCCAGCAGGUCUCAUAGUGCCGCUGAUACGUCUGGAGGAUUACAACUACAAGCCGCUGGACUCGACGGACAUUCGUUUGCCAGCGCCGGCGCCGCAAAGCGAGCGCUUGACCAAUGCAUUGAAUGCCUUCUAUGCGGCGCCGUCGCACGAUCGACCCAGAGACAACGAGGGCUGGGAGAAGCUGGGCCUAUAUGAGUACUACAAGGUGAAGAAUGCGGCACGCAAGCAAAAGGAGGAGGAAAUCAAGAAUGGCACACGCACCAAAUCCCGCUCGCCCAGUCCCAUUGUGCUGGAGAAGACAAAGAAGAGCAACAAGCGCUGUUAUCGUUCCAAGAGUCGAAGUCGUUCACGUUCCCGCUCGCCCGCUAAUCGCAACAGAUCCCGUUCACGCUCCAAAUCGCGUUCCAUCGAACGUGCGCUGACGCCGCCGCCGCAAAGAAAUCGAGCUGCUGGAGCUGCAGGAGGAGGCGGUAGCGGUGGUGGCAGCAAUCGCAAGGCGCGCAAUCGUUCGCCGCGUCAUGAACGUGACAAUAGUCGCGAGAAUCGCGCGGAGCGAAACAACAGCAACAGCAGCAACAACAACAGUAACAAUAGCAACAACAGCAGCAACAACGGUGCCGGAGCGAGUGCCAACAACAAUUCCAGACGCGUGGAACGCGACAGAUCUCCCACGCCACCCAGUUUCUUUGGCAGCAGUUUUGCCAAACCACAGGAAUUCAUAGAGGAGACCAAUAAGGGCCACCAGAUGCUCAUGAAAAUGGGUUGGGCUGGUACUGGCACCGGCCUUGGGUCGAAAAAUCAGGGAAUUGAUACGCCCAUCUCGGGUGGCGAGGUGCGCGAUCGCAAGGACAUGUACAAGGGCGUGGGCAACAAUCUGAACGAUCCGUUUGAAAGGUUUCGCAAGAACAAGGGCGCAGCAUUUGCGCACCGCAUGAGCACAAGAGAUUACAAAACUUAAUCACAACUACAACAACUGGAACAAUACCAACUACACUCCCGCUACACUUUCAACUAAUCCUGAUCUGAUCUGGUGUUGUCUUCGCAUUUCUGAGCUUUUCCUACUUCUUUUAGCGAAAGAAAAUACACAUAAUUUUCAU